CUCUGAACGAAACAUCAGGGCUUCGUCUUGACCGAGCCGUGGGUUCGCCGGUCUUCGCGCAACGGUUUGCAGCUCGACAGAGUUCUCGACUAAACUGUCUUUGUUGAGUCAAUAUAAAGUGUAAGAGAAGCAAUCUGGACGUCAUGACGGGAAAAUACUAUGACAUUGAUGACAUCAUCACAGAGGAAGAGAUUGUAUCAGUUAUAUUCCAAAAGGCGGCAUCAGGGGUGGGAAUAGAUCCCAGUUCUGAAACCGACUAUAUUGAAACGAGUUCCAAAGUGGAGAUGCCUUUCUGGCUUGCUUAUGAGUUACAGUUGAGACAAGUAGUAUCUAUCAAUGUUCCGUCCUGUUUCGAUAAAAAAACAAGACUCGAGAUUCAGGCUGAUUGUGCGAGUGUGGAUCUGAGGUCUCGAUGCCCAUUCUUUUAUGAAUUUGGAUGCAAGAUAGCACCAGUGGUUGGUGAUCGGACCAUCGGGUUUCUUCUCUUGUCUGCAUUUAAGAAUAGGUACAAGGAAAUCCUCACCAAGGCACAUUCCGCAGCAAUUUCAGCUGCUUCCAAAUUCUGGUCAAUUCUGACAAAAGAAGAGAUCAAUUUGUAUAAUGCAGCUCAAUCCUCAAUGGCAUCCUUCAAGAAGUGGCGAAUGGGGGGACCCAGAUUUCAGAAAGCCUCUGUUCUUGGAAGAAAGAGGAAAUCUACUGAAUAGUUUUGCUCCCAAGACAUCCAUUAAUUCAAUCUGUGGAGUAAUUGCCAAAAACAUGUUGGUUUUUGUGGCUGUACUCUUUACUCAGUAUUUUAAAAGAAACUAGUAUUAUGCUAUUGGUGGAAUAUACUCCAUAUGUUUCAUGGAGAAUAUAUGUGUAUGUGUUAGGAACAACAUUUGCCACCAGAAACACGCCUGACAAAUUUUUUACUCCCAUUUGCUAAUGUAAGGCAUUUUUUUUGGGGAAGUCGGGUUUCAAUGUAUAAGGUAAUUUGUGAAAUUUUAAA